UCCUCCCCUGGCCUCUUCGACCACCUCAUCAAACACCUUCUCAAAGUCUUAUUUCCACAUGGAAUGUGCUUUGUCCCGAGUUAAUCGCACAUGGUGUCAUAUCCCACGUAGCUUUCCCAAGUUAGUCAGCCCCCCGGCCAUUUUUAUAGAAGAAACCCAUGUGGAUGCUUUUAGUGUGUUGAGGUGUAAGAUCAUUUGAGCAAGCAUGGAGCAUAUUGACGACGACCCUUUUGAGUCCUCUUCUAGUAGAGACAAAAAGGUGGAAGCUUUGGAUCUUUUGGAGGAGUGUUGGUUCUUUAACAACUCGCUUAAUACAAGAACAAGGAUGUCAAGGUGCUUUUCUGAUCUUUGUCCUUCCUCAGAUGUUUGCCAAGAGAUGGUGGUCAAGAAUUUAUGGGGUGAAAACGCUUUGUCAACAAGGAAGCUCGGAGAGCACGAAAGCAAUCACAGAUUGGAUCGGAAUUCGUUUCAAACGCCAACGCAGUUGCCAACUUGUAUGGGGAGGGAAGAAGGAAUUCAAGAAAAACAGAGUGAUAGCAGAAGGACCAAAUUGACAGGGCAGUCAACGCAUCGCAGUUUGCUUAGAACACCGUCCCUACCACCACGGUUAGGGAGGGAAGAAAUAGUUCAAGACAGAGAAAGUGAUCCUCCAAUGAGGAAAUCUACUAGGCAAGCAUCACCGAACCUUUCGCGACAUGAGGACAUGAGACAAAGCUAUAGUCUUCCGAGAUACAGACCACAAAGGAACAUGGAGGUGGAAGCCAUCAACACAAACUGUACCAAUGAAAUGAAGCAGCGACUGGUUAACCAGACCAAGUUGAGGAAGAGCCUAAGCGAUCUUGAGUUAGAAGAAGUGCAAGGAUUCAAGGACUUGGGUUUCACAUUUGAGAAAGAGUUAAGCCCAACUGUGGUUAAAAUGCUUCCUGGCUUGCAAGAGAAGAAGCCCGAGGAUUUGGAGCAAGAUCAUAAGGUAGUGAGGAGGCCUUAUCUUUCUGAGGCAUGGCUUGUGCAGAGCUCUGCCCCUCCAAUUCCAAAUUGGGCUCCCAAGGGGUCUACAGAAGACAUGAAAGCACAAAUCAAGUUUUGGGCUAGAAUUGUGGCAUCUAAUGUGCGCCAAGAGUGUUGAUGACAAGAACCAAGAGAAUUUCCUGAUUCUUAUGCGCAGUUUCACUAGACAGAUCAAGAAAACGUUGUUGGCUACUUCGGGGGAGCCGGGACUCCUAAUGCAGCAAUCAACAUAUGAAAUUUGACAUUAGAAUGAGCUUGGAUAUCAUGCUCAAACAUCUAACCCCUAAGUAUUUUAUUAUACUAUGCUAAUUACUUUAUGGUAUUUUUGCAGUUCCUGAAUUUUAUGUGGGUGUAGUUUGGGAGUGAUGAGCAACUCAUCCAAAGCAAAACUGAGACUUUGCCCCAAGGUUUGUCCCACGAAAAGCAAAAGAUUGCAGGAAUUGCCAAAGGAAUAAAGCAAAGUGAAGUUGAUGUAAACAGUGUCGUUUGUUGUUUUUGCAUUUUUGUAUGAAACGUCCUAUCUAGUAUGUGAUCUUGUUAAUAAUGACUAGGUUUGAUGUUGUCUAUGUUAUGAUAAUAAUUUCAAUGUCUUAAUUCUUUCUUCA